AUGAAACCCUCGACUCUUCAUCGAAAAAUUGAAGACGAGACUGAGUUUCCAUCGACAGCUUUGCUAUCCUUCCGGGAUCUGCCAAGUGGUGAUCAUACUUUAACACCUCAAGAGUUAUGCUACUUCGAUGACAUGGCCACGACUUUGAUUAUCGACUCUGUCCUGGAUUUUCAGACCCACAAAAUGCAUCCGAGGAAAAGAUACAUAAAGCAAGAUGAACGACUAAUGGCAGUGAAUAUCAUGCGAGAGUUCCGACAAACAAACAAUUUUUCGCUUGCACUGAUAGAGUUCUUCUCGCUGCGAUCGGUGAAGGAUUUCCUCUCCCGUCUAACCCUCCAGAAGCAAAUAGAAUUUAGAGACCACAUGGUUCGUUUCUUGAAUGUGUUUUCUGCGAAGGCAGGAUUCACUAUAGACACAUGCAGCCGAUAUGCUGCCGAGCAGAACAUGGGCGCCAAAUUGAUAGCUACUCGUCAUUGGUACGUGGAUUCGCAACCUAAGCAACGUGGAGAAAAGAUUGAGCGCCUUUGCGGUGUAAUUAGUGAGCUGAAUGAUCAGGAAGAACGGCAAAUACUGCGACCUGGGUUGAACGAUUUCUCCGUUAUGUACAGUAUGAGGAAGAAGUGCGCUCAGUUAUGGUUAGGUCCAGGAGCAUAUAUUAAUCACGAUUGUAGGCCAAGUUGUCGGUUCGUGCCUAAUGGGCAUACAGCUUCCAUUCAGGUUUCACGAGAUCUUAAGCCAGGUGAUGAAAUUACCUGCUUUUACGGCGAAGACUUCUUUGGGGAAAAUAAUGAGAAAUGCGAAUGUGUCACAUGUGAACGGCAAGUGUUAUUCUUAGAAUCAAAAGCACAACUAAUUUCCAUUUGUGUUCACCUGCAG